AUUUACUCCUAUAUUCACCACUUUUAAGGACAGCGCACCAGGAUGAGCUACAUCAGACUGUGUGACAGCUGUCAUGAGUAAGUGAAACACCAAGAUCUGCGGGCAUGAAUACUAUUGGAGUUUCAUUUUUGGAUCCCUUGGAUGACUAUGAAAUUAUUCAACGUAUCGGGAGCGGCACUUAUGGAGAUGUCUUCAAGGCUAGAAACAUUAGGAGCUCAGAAAUGGCUGCUAUCAAAAUUGUUAAGCUGGAUCCAGGAGAUGACAUCACUUCCAUCCAGCAAGAGAUAACGAUGAUGAAGGAGUGUAAGCAUAAGAACAUUGUGGCCUAUUAUGGAACUUACCACAGGAACACUAAAUUGUGGAUCUGCAUGGAGUACUGUGGAGGAGGAUCAUUGCAGGAUAUCUACCAAGUAACUGGACCUUUAAAGGAAAAGCAGAUUGCUUACAUCUGCAGGGAAACGCUCCAGGGUUUGAAUCAUCUCCAUGAGACAGGCAAAAUACACAGAGAUAUAAAGGGAGCUAAUAUUCUUCUUACUGAUCGAGGAGAUGUCAAACUGGCUGAUUUCGGGGUUGCUGCAGAGAUCAGUGCCUCUGUUGCCAAAAGGAAGUCCUUCAUAGGAACACCCUACUGGAUGGCCCCUGAGGUGGCUGCGGUGGAGAAGAAGGGUGGAUAUAACCACUUGUGUGAUAUCUGGGCAGUGGGCAUCACCGCCAUCGAGCUGGCAGAGCUCCAGCCUCCAAUGUUUGACCUUCAUCCCAUGCGAGCUCUGAUGCUGAUGUCUAAAAGCAGCUUCCAGUCUCCUAAACUAAAAGACAAGAGCAAAUGGUGUGCUGGUUUUCAUAGCUUUGUGAAGAUGUGUUUGAUCAAAAGUCCUCGUAAAAGGCCGACAGCAGAAACUCUUCUUCAGCAUCCGUUUGUAACACAGUUACUGACCAGAAAACUGAUGAUUGAGCUGCUGGACAUGGCAAAUAACCCAGAUCUCCACCGACCAACCAGUCCUGAGGAGAAUGAAGAGGCAAACGACACAGCCCCAGAUAAAAUCCAGUCCAAAGGGAAACAUAUGGCAGUGGAGAGGAGCUUGUCUGAAGAACAAUUUGACCAAGUCAAGUUUACCCCUCCCAGACGGAAAGAGACGGAACCCUAUCCUGACUUGGGAUCAUGUGAUGAUUGGAGCAUAUCUGGAGAUGAACCCGAGUCACCGGGUCUUCUGGAGUGUGUGGAGGAGGAGUUACAGCAGAGGAGUAUGACAGUCAAACGAUUCUCAUUUUUUGAGUGGAGUAAGAGGAAGAGUGGACUGUUCAGCCCUCCACCUGCCUCUGCGACAACAUCACUUCCUCCCAUGAGCUCUUUAGAAUGUGAUCUGGAGGACAAGGACCUGACGCUUCGACCCAGUGCUACUCUGUGCCCAGAAACUGUAUCCAAUCCAAAAUCAGUGCUGUUGAGGUGUUCUGGUAGUCAGGAUGUGCGGCAGUGGUGCAGUGAUCCUUGUGUUCCUGAUGGGAAAAACACAGAGGAACAGCAGAGGACUUUAACAAGGACUUUCAGCAGAGACGCAGCUCUUUCUCCAGAGUGGAGCACUAUGAGGAAGAAAACUGAGGACUCUAGAGCUGAUUCUCAUGGACUUCCUCCCACUCCCCAAGUCUAUAUGGGGGCCUGUUUUACCAAAGUCUUUAAUGGAUGUCCGCUGAAAAUCCACUGUGCAGACACUUGGGUUUUGCCCAAAACAAGAGAUCAGUAUUUAAUUUUGGGGGCAGAGGAGGGCGUUUAUAUCCUAAAUUUAAAUGAGCUGCAUGAAGACACCUUAGAAAAGUUGCUUCCACAGAGAUGUACGUGGCUUUAUGUCAUGAACAAUGUCUUAAUGUCCAUCUCUGGCAAGUCAUCUCAGCUGUGUUCUCACCGACUGACAGCUCUGUUUGAGCAGCGAGGGCACUUACAGAGGAAACAGGGACACUUGUCUCUCGGCUCCAACCGCUUCACUGAGCGGAUCAUCCACAGGAAGUUCGCUGUUUCAGUGAAGAUCCCCGACACGAAGGGCUGUCGAAAGUGCAGUGUGGCUCGUAAUCCGUACACUGACAGUACAUUCCUGUGUGCCGCUGUUCCCUCUGGACUGGUUCUGCUGUUGUGGUAUGAACCACUGCAGAAGUUCAUGCACCUCAAGCACAUUGCUGUGCCACUGCCGGAGCCGCUGGUCAUCUUUGAGCUGCUGGUCUUGAUGAGCGAUGAGCUUCCUCAGCUCUGUGUGGGGGUUCAGGAAAGUCCAGAACAGCAAAAUGAGCCACAGCUGAAGUUUGACAUCAUCAAUCUGAACGGCUUGCCAAACCCUACGCCAGACAGCGAGUCAAUAAGAGCUGUACAGGUGACGCAGCUGGACAGAGACACGGUUUUAAUUGCACUGGAAAAAACAGUGAAGAUUGUGAAUAUGCAGGGCAUUCCCAGCAAAGAGUUAGCAUCCCAACUGGAGUUUGACUUUCCAAUUGAGACUUUAGUUUGCUUAGAAGAAAGUGUUUUAGCUUUCUGGAAACACGGACUGAAGGGAUGCAGUCUGCACAACUGUGAGACAACACAGGAAAUCACAGACAAGAGCCGAGUGUUUAAAGUUUUAGGAACGCACAGAGACAUUAUUUUGCAAAGCACCCCGACUGAAAACCCUUCAGCCACUAGCAAUUUAUACAUUUUGACCGGCCAUGAGAGCAGCUACUGAAUUAGGCCAGCAGACCUAUAAAUAACACACAACACAGCAUGGACAUUUCAGAGACAGAAUGCAUGAGAAUGGAUAAAAAGAAGAUGUUGACAACAGUAAAUCUGCCUUAUGAGUGUUCAGACACGGACCAUCAGUUGAUGUCACUGGUACACAUUAUGAGGGUACAGGAAGAAAAUGCCCUGGCUCUUCAUUUGUCUCUCUGAAAGUGUGCAUUUGUCAUUGUUGUUUAUUACAUCUAAGUAAUCUAAAUUAAACGACUGUAUUUAAAUAAAAAUAUAUAAUUUUGUGAUGGAAGGAUUGUGAUAACUACUAAUAAACUACAGUGAAACCAAA